AUGGCGAAUCGCUUCAGUGCCCAGCAGCCUUUCGAUUAUAACGAUUAUUUUUCGCGUGCUGUUACUUUUCUAUACAAGUACAAAUGGAUAUUUUAUUCCAACAACACCAAGUUCAUCAGAAACGGCGUCCUAGACGCGAUGCCUCCGGACUGGGUGAACGAUUUACACGGUGCAUCGAUCGACGAAUUCAACCGCAUUCCGCUUGGAUUUGUUAAGGACAGUUGGUCACCCUCAUUCCUUGAGUUUCUUACCGAGCUGAAACGGCUAUCCGUGGAGUACGAUCAGCAUGACGGCGUGGUGCCAAAAGCGCGAAAAGGAAUCAGCAUUAAAAAGUGUUAUGAAAUAGAAAACCUCACAAGUUUCAUAGACACUGUGCGGCCAGCGCAAGAAUCGGAAUUGCUGAUUGAUUUUGGUUGUGGUGUGGGUCAUUUAAGUCAGUUCAUCAACGAAACAUCUGGGAGAAGUGUUCUCGGAAUAGAAGGAAAUUUCCGGUACAUGCAAACAGCACAAAACCGUCAAAAUGAAAAGUUUCCUUCAUCAAGCCAGAAAGUACAGUAUUUGAACCAUUUCAUUACGGACGACUCGACCGAUACCAUCCGACGGGAAGUGGAAGAACGCUUCUCAAAUUGCCAGCAGGUAUCCAUCACGGGGCUACACGCUUGUGCGGAUCUCUCCGUAUCGGCCAUUCGGUGUUUUUUGUGCUCUCCCUGGGUGCAACAUCUCAUCAUAAUGCCCUGCUGUUACCACAAAAUGUCAACCAAGGCCCAAUCGGUCAAUGAGGCCCGGUUUCAAAACAUGCCCAUGAGCGAGGAGCUAGCUGGAUUGUUAGUGGAUGGCAAAGAAGACAUCAUUUGCCGGGCAUUUUUACGUCUGGGAUGUCAGCAAACGGCAGCUCGAUGGAAAGAUCUAACAAUCGAAGCGCAUCUUCGGCACGGACGGAUAAUGUUUCGCCGCGGAUUAAUUGAUGCUGUACUGCGCGCUGGUGAAUCGGUUAAGGUUGGCAAGGUUCAGCAGAUUCCCGAUGAAACGACAGUAGAAAAUAUGCUGCAACAAUUCACUCUCGAAAGCGAAACGGAAGCCGAUGCCCGAUGGACGGAUGAACAUCGGAUGCAGUUAAAUUCUCUUCUCCGGAAGUACCCCGAUGGACAUAGGUUGGCAGAAUAUUUAGAGUGCCUUCAAUCCUGCUUGCAGGCUGUUUGUGAAAACAUUAUUUUACUUGAUCGAAUGUGCUACAUGGAACAGGUAAGUAAACGAUGUGGCAUAAAGAUGGUUCGGAAUCUGGUGCGGCUAAAAAACGACGGACUGUCGCCGCGUUGUUUUAUUUUCUAUGCCUCAAAGGCAUAGAAAUAUUGUAGCACGUUUCAAACUUGAGGAUAACUUAACGGCAAUAAAAUACUACAAUAUUGUUCAUGUUUUACAAGCACUAGUAUUUAUUUUUACAACAUAAUUUAUUUUACAAGAACAGUGCCGGUCUAGAUAACAUGGUUCUGAAUGUUAUGUUUUUACUUUUAUCCUUCUCGUUAUCGAUGUAUAUGCAUUGGGGAUACGAAAUGGAAAUGAAAAAUAACAAAUUGUCCAUGAAACAAUGUGCAAUCUCUUCUUCAAUGUCG